AUGUCAAGACUUUUAGUGAAUACAUGCAAACCAGAGACAGUCAUCAUCAUCGAUUCAUUGGUAGACACUCAGUUUAUAUCAUCUGAUCAUACACAUCCACAACCACCUUUUAUUAGAACACUCCGUACAUCAAACUAUGUCGUCGAUAGCAAUAGUUUCGUACCACUAGAAUCACCGAAUCUCGUACAAGGUAUCACCGCUGCUAUUUUAUCACAAUGUGAAGUAGAAGGUAUUCAAUGUAUUUCAUUACAGAAUCUUGUUGAAUCAUCUUCACUCUGUAAUUCUAGUGUGAUCAAUCUCGAAAAUCAAAUGAAAAAAGUUAAUUCCAUCUUUCAGAAAGUUCCACCACAAUCAAAUCAAAGCUAUUUGAAGAUGGUACAAUUAAUCAAUAGAAGAGAUGAUAGAGGAUUAUAUAUUUAA